AUGGAGCUCAAUAAGGAUCAGGAAGGCAUGUCGUCGGAGAAUAAUAAGCCUCAAGAUCCAAAUCCCAGAUUCGCUUGGGAAGGUUGCAGCGUUUUGCUCGACGUCAACGAUGGAGACCGUCUCGUCUUCGCUCGUCUAUCCGGUGGCGCUAUAUUGAAAAUCGGGAAUAAGAAUUACUCUUUAAAGCCAUUGAUCGGAGCUCCGUUUGGAUCUCUGUUCCAAGUCGAAAGCGGAGAAGAAGGCUCUUUUCUCUCUCGCGUUCUUCCCGUUAAACAAGAAAACAACAGUAAUAACAUUACCGAAGAUUCGAGAGAUAAUCGGGAACUCGUCGACAAUAAUGAAGCCCAAAACCUCACCGGUGAAGAAAUUGAAGCUAUGCGGAGAGAGGGUGCAAAAGGGUAUGAAAUCAUUGAAGCUCUAAUUGCAAACAGCAAAACAUUCGACAAGAAGUUUCAGCUGUCUCAGGAAAAAUAUAAGUUGAAGAAGCAGAAGAAAUAUGCGCCAAAGCUGCUUCUAAGGCGGCCUUUUGCUCGAAGUAUAUGUGAGGCUUAUUUCAAGAAGUACCCUGCCAGAAUCGGAUUCAUACGAGUAGAUGCGUUAUCUCUUUUGUUAACAAUGGCUAAUGUCACGGCAUACUCGGACGUGCUUGUGGUGGAUAUGGUUGGUGGCCUUAUCACUGGUGCAGUCGCUGAACGAUUAGGAGGCACUGGUUAUGUUUGCAAUACAUACAAGGGAAAUUCUCCUUACCCUGUGGAGAUGGUAAGGAUGUUCAACUUUAGUGACAAGGUCAUAGAGAGGAUUGUUCAGUCAUCUAUAAACGAGCUCUCAUCGACCAAAACUGCAUCUUCGGAACAAAACAAUCAACAAGAAGGAGUUUGUAAAGCUGAGAUUGAUAUCAAUGCAAUGCAGGAACCAUCUACAUGUGAUAUGGUUGUUGAAGAGACACCUGUGAAAGCUGAGGCUAUUGUAGAAGAUAUUGUUGUCCCAGAGAGCAAGAUUAUAAAGGCCCCAAAAGCUGGAGCCAAGGCUUCAAAAGAAGCAAUAGAGAUGUGGCAGGAAAACGGUUUCUCUAGCCUAAUCAUGGCUGCACAAGACCAAGACCCAUGGAGCUUGGCUAAAGACGUAUUGCCACUCCUCUCCUACUCUGCUCCUUUUGCAAUAUACCAUCAGUAUUUACAGCCGUUGGCGACAUGUAUGCACAACCUUCAGCAAGGAAAGAUGGCUAUCAAUCUGCAGAUAACAGAACCGUGGCUACGCGAAUACCAGGUGCUUCCUUCAAGAUCUCACCCUCACAUGCAGAUGAGUCCCUUUGGUGGGUAUGUUCUUAGCGGCAUCAGAAUCUCUACCACUUGA